GUUUUCAAGUCCCAUCUAAAAAGCUACUGCAAUGUCAAAAUUAGUGCUCGCGUUGGCUCUCUGCUGCAUUUUGGUGGCCCAGAUCCUGGCUCAGGAUGCUUCGGGUCGCCGAUUCUGCGAUCGGUUGUUCGACGAUUGUCGUCGCGAGCAGUCCACCGUGGGAACUGAGGACGAUACCGUUGGGUUCUUCAAUGCCUAUUGCGGGCGACACGACCGGAACUGGAAAAAGAUAACCCGAUGUGAACUGGUCCGGGCCUCGUGCAUAUUGACAAUGGUUCGCUGUGAUAAUGUCUCCUGCAAAAAUGUGGCCGAUAGCCUGCGACCAUAAUUAACGAAGUCAUUCUGAUAUCUCUCAAAAUCAAUCAAGUUUAUUGUCAUCAAAAAUCGAUAUAAAGAUUUCUUGAAUUUCAA